CUUCUGGUGGUUGGGCCGCCCGGACGCGGAGAAGACGGGAGGCGUGGCGGGCCAGUGAAUAAGCUUCCAAAAUGAUGCCCACACCAGUUAUCCUGUUGAAAGAGGGGACUGAUAGCUCCCAAGGCAUCCCCCAGCUUGUAAGUAACAUCAGUGCCUGCCAGGUGAUUGCAGAGGCUGUACGAACCACCCUGGGCCCUCGUGGCAUGGACAAGCUGAUCGUAGAUGGCUGAGGCAAAGCAACAAUUUCUAAUAAUGGGGCCACAAUUCUGAAACUCCUUGAUGUUGUCCAUCCUGCAGCAAAGACUCUAGUGGACAUUGCCAAAUCCCAAGAUGCUGAGGUUGGUGAUGGUACCACCUCUGUGACCCUGCUGGCUGCUGAGUUUCUGAAGCAAGUAAAACCCUAUGUGGAGGAAGGUUUGCACCCACAGAUCAUCAUCCAAGCAUUCCGCACUGCCACCCAGUUGGCAGUUAACAAGAUCAAAGAGAUCGCUGUGACCGUGAAGAAGGAAGAUAAAGUGGAGCAGAGGAAGCUGUUGGAGAAAUGUGCCAUGAUCGCCCUGAGCUCCAAGCUGAUUUCCCAGCAGAAAGCCUUCUUUGCCAAGAUGGUGGUGGAUGCAGUGAUGAUGCUCGAUGAUCUGUUGCAGCUGAAGAUGAUUGGAAUCAAGAAGGUGCAAGGUGGUGCCCUGGAGGAGUCCCAGCUGGUAGCUGGCGUCGCGUUCAAGAAGACUUUCUCUUAUGCUGGGUUUGAAAUGCAACCCAAAAAGUACAAUAAUCCAAUGAUUGCCCUUUUAAAUGUCGAGCUUGAGCUGAAAGCUGAGAAAGAUAAUGCUGAAAUCAGAGUCCACACCGUUGAGGAUUAUCAGGCAAUUGUCGAUGCCGAAUGGAACAUUCUCUAUGACAAGAUAGAGAGGAUCCAUCAUUCUGGAGCGAAAGUCGUCUUGUCCAAACUCCCCAUUGGGGAUGUGGCCACCCAGUACUUUGCUGACAGGGACAUGUUCUGUGCUGGCCGAGUACCGGAGGAGGAUCUGAAGAGGACAAUGAUGGCGUGUGGAGGCUCCAUUCAAACCAGUGUGAAUGCUCUGUCAUCAGACGUGCUGGGCCGCUGCCAGAUCUUUGAAGAGACCCAGAUUGGCGGCGAGAGGUACAAUUUCUUCACUGGCUGCCCCAAGGCCAAGACUUGCACUAUCAUCUUUCAUGGUGGUGCUGAGCAGUUUAUGGAGGAGAGAGAGUGGUCCCUACACAAUGCCAUCAUGAUUGUCAGGAGGGCCAUCAAGAACAAUUCAGUGGUGGCUGGCAGUGAGGCCAUUGAGAUGGAGCUCUCUAAGUACCUGCGGGAUUUUUUUUUUUUUUUUUUUUUUUUUUUUUGCAGUCAUACCUGCUGCUUUCUCAUUCCGAGAAAGCAGCAGCUGUUGAUCGGGGUAUAUGCCAAAGCCUUGGAAAUUAUCCCAGGCCAGCUGUGUGAUAAUGCUGGCUUUGAUGCCACAAACAUCCUCAACAAGCUGCGGGCUCGGCAUGCCCAGGGGGGCAUGUGGUACGGAGUGGACAUCAAUAACGAGGACAUCGCUGACAACUUCGAGGCCUUCGUAUGGGAGCCAGCCAUGGUGCGCAUCAAUGCCCUGACCGCAGCGUCUGAAGCUGCCUGCCUUAUCGUGUCGGUAGACGAAACCAUCAAAAACCCUCGCUCAACAGUGGAUGCUCCCCCAGCGGCAGGCCAAGGCCGGGGCCGGGGCCGCCUGCAUUGAGAGGCACCCUGCCCCUCUUGCAGGGGGCUGGCAGGCUGGCUGCAGGGUGUGCUUACUCUGUCUUGGUCAGUUGGUAUCACGAUGAAGGGGUAGUCAUUGGUCCACUCUGUUCUCACUGGAGGUUAUUUAAAUAAACUUAAGACUUAGAAUUCACUUUA